CAUCCCCCCCACUUUACCCCCCAGCCCCCAUCCCAUAUCAAUCCCGUCCGAAAAUCCAUCCAUCACUACGCCAAUAUUACACGCACGUCACAUUAUAUUAUAUUAUUAUUAUAACAUUACAUUACAUUAUUUAUUAUUAUACCCCUGCGCGCGCGCGCUCUCUCUCUCUCUCUCUCCCGAGUCUCUCUCCCGUUGCUCGUUCCCAAUUAAUUUAGACUUGUUCGCCCCUCUCACGUUCUGUCCCUGCCGAGUCCCACCGCUCUCCCACCCCCCACAAUACUUUUCUGUAUAGAUUUCUCCUCCGAGUCUCACCCCGGCCCUCUUACCUUACCUUACCUUAUUGGGCCUUUCCCAUUUCCUCCCCUUCGCCCUCUCUCCCCCGUCUACCUUAUUUACUUACCUUCUCCCUCCCUCCGACCCCCACCUCUCCAACGGUUUAAAGCUAGCUAGCGCCACAAAGCACUCUAUUUGGGCGACCCUGGGUUAAGGAGGGAGGAGCCGGGACUAAUAGAGAGAGAGAGACCUACUAUAGUAGAAUAGAAUAGAAAUAGAAUAGAAUUAUAGAAUAGAAUAGAAUAGAGCAGCUGCUGCUGGGGCUCUAGUAUAGUUCAUAAUUCGUCACAGGCAUAAAACACGCGGAGUCGAAUUGAGGAGCUUUUUGAAGAGGGCUUUCCUUCGCCGCCCUCUCUCCUUUUUCUUCCUCUAAAUUAAAUUGGCAGCCGCUCAAUUGUUGCGAAGGGAGUUCGUCGAAUCGUCGCUGCAGCCAGCGGUCUCUUCUUUACAAUUUGGUCACAGGAUCUGUCGGCUUGCUCGGCCAAUUCCAUUCAUUUCUUUUUGUUGCGUCUUGAAUUGGGAAAAUCUCGAGGUUGGUCUCUCCGUUGCCUCCGCCAUAGCUCCGAACUGAGACACUCGCAAUCUCCGAGUGCAAAAACGCACACAGGUUAGCGAGGUAACGAGCACAAGGAAGUCUUAUCUACAUUGCGGGAAGAAACUACUAUGGAAGACGUGAUGGCCGAGAUUUCAUUGGAUGCAACAUGUGGUGAUUUGUUUGAUCACAUUGAUGACCUGCUGGAGUUCCCCAGCGAGGAUGAUGUAUUUCUCGAGAUGGACCCGCCGGCCCGCAAUAGCUCCUGUAUUGUUUCGCCGGCUGUGCUCGAACCAUUUCUUCCUCCUCCCCUUCAAAACCACACACUCCUAGGAGGGGAAUCCGGCGAUAAGUUGGACCACAACUGUGGCGCCACUACGGAGUCGAAUUCGGAGGAGGAAAAACUUGUCACGGGCAACGAGGACCUGGAUGUUGCACAGCUGGAAUGGCUGUCCAAUUUCUUCGACGAGACAACCGACUCCUUCACGCUGGACCUCCCCAACUUCAGUUCCAAAGCAGCCAACAACAUUGAUAGUAAUAAUACCGCCAAUGCAGAGACCGCAGCGAACGAAGCAGACUGCUUCUUUCGCACAUCCAGUCCAGUCUCAGUCCUCGAGCACAGCAGCAGCCUUAAUGGUGGCAGCGGGGGAGGCGGCUCGGCUUCCUCUUACUCGUCCUCGUCGUCCUCCUCCAACUCUUCCUCUGGAAGCGGAAGCAGAAGCAGCAGCAGCAGCAGUGGCAGCAGCGCGAGGGAUCCCGAACCAGUGCUGGUGAUUCCGGCCCGUGCACGCAGCAAGCGCGCCCGCCCGGCCCCCUUCUCCGGCCGCCCCCACGUCACCAUACCUUUCCUGGCGCCUCCCUGCGAUGCCUCCUGCAACGGAGAGGGCAUUGCCGAGUCCAGCGCUCCUCCCCCUCCUCCCUCCAUGAAGAAGAAAAAGAAGAUCAAGAAGGUGGGCUCCUCCCUCACCGACGCAGCAGCAGCAGCAGCAGCAGCAGCAGAAGAGGGCUACCCGCAGCUGCAGCAGCAGCAGCAGCAGGCUCCCGCCCCGGUAAGAAAGUGCAUGCACUGCGAGAUACAGAAGACGCCGCAAUGGAGGGCGGGUCCCAUGGGGCCCAAGACCCUCUGCAAUGCUUGCGGCGUGCGCUACAAGUCCGGGCGCCUUUACCCCGAGUACCGCCCUGCAGCCAGCCCCACCUUCGUCCCUUCCGUCCACUCCAACUCUCAUAAGAAGGUCGUUGAGAUGCGCCUCAAGGCUAAGACCACCGGAGGUGGUGCGUUGCCGUCCUCGGAUUUGGGCCGCGACUUGCUCGACUACAUCCGCAGGCGGGAAUGAGCAAGAUGAUACCACGGCCGCGCUAGAUCCGUCACGUUAAUUCCCUACUACAGCAUAAACGAUUUUUUUCUUCCUUCUUUUUUCUUUUCCCCCCCAUCUUUUAGUUAGUCAGUCGUAUUAAUUGCUUCAUUUGUCUGGUUCUUUCUUCCAUUUGUUUUGUUUAUUAUUAUGUAUCCCCUAAAUUUUGUACAGAGGUGGGUGAUCACGAGGAAGACGGGAGAAGUAGAAGAACUUGAGAUAGGCGAACCGCUAUAAACUAGUUAAUUAGUAGAUAAUUGAGGACUGAAACAGAGGAAGAGUGAGGAUGAGGAGUAGAGUUGAAAUCUUUGUUAGUUAGAAGCACAGGGAGAGGGGAUACGGUGUUAGAAGGGGGAAUUAUUAGAAAAGAAAGGUGUAGCUUGAUAUUGGAGAUUGGUGUAUUGUAUUCUUUUUGCAGUUGAUUGAUUAAUUUCAAGGUAUUCUAUCCAGUAUUAUUGAUUGCUCGUA